AUGAAAUUGUAUCUCGACUCCUUGGCCAGGGAAGGUGAGGAAAAUGUACACACGCUGGUCNGGGGGGGGGGGGGGUGAGGGGGGCUGACACCAUGAUUUUGUCGCACCGGGUGACACCAACCCUAGCUUCGCUACUGCAUUUAUUUUUUUUUACAUUUUUAAGUUUUGGCGUCAAAGUGAAUUAAAAAACAAGACAUGAUAAAUAUGCCGUAAAACAAAUUUCGGUUGCACUCAUCCAAAUGACCUUUUAACCCCAACCCAUGACGAAAUAUUGGUGACGUCGAGGCCAGAAACGGAUAUUUUCUGAUAACAUCUACUGAAACUGUGGACGAAAUCGACGAUUCUGAAAUUUAAACAAAAAAAAAAAAAGGAAAAGGUUCCUCAAUCCUAAAAAUAUCAUCCUACGCCCGUGGUUGUAAAUUAAGCUGGGGCGUGGUUUGGGUUGGGGUGUAUCCAUGCAACUAAUGGGUUCUCAUGGCAGGUAAUGUUAACUAUCAUUUUAUUUAUUUAUUUAUUUUUGUACCUCGCAUUCCGGUGGGACGGAUACUUAAAGAGACAUGGUUGUUAGGAACAAUCUGCCUCCUAUUAAGGCAAACUCUGGCAUCAAAAGCUGCAACCAAAGCAGCUGUACACGCCUUUUUGAGUUGGUCAUUCCAGCAUUACGAUAGCUGGCUGGCUGGGUGGAAGGAGGGAUGCUGGACGCGCUGGUUCUUUAUGGGGGGUCUCAAUUUCUUUUAUGUUUAUCCCCCUCAAUAUGCCACGAUGUGUUUGAAUUGUAAAUGUUUUUAUUUCACUACAAAUGAACCUGUCUGUAGUCCAUCUAUAUGAAUCUGUCGGUAGUCCAUCUAUAUGAAUCUAUCUGUAGUCCAUCCACAUGAAUCUGUAUGUUAUAUGAAUCUAUCUGUAGUCCAUCCACAUGAAUCUGUAUGUAGUCCAUAGAUAGAACUUAUCUCACAAGGUGUUACCCUCUUCAAAGUUUUUAUUUUAAAAAAAAACUGGCAUAUACGGCCGAAACGCCUGAUCCCUGGCGGACUCUUAAAACGUAGCCCUACUGAUACGAUAACACAUCAAACAUAUUCACGUGAAAACAUUGGACACCUUGCUUUGUGUGCCAUCCUGUUUAACCACACGAGCCUCUCCUCUCUAAGCCUCUCCUCUCCAAGCCACCGAAACUAAUCGCUCAAAGAUUUGAAACCUUUCACUUGAAUAUUGAAUCUUUUUUGUUGUUGUUUUUUGUUUUGUUUUUAUGAAGGCAUACUCCGGAGCUUUUGGCGAUGACGCCGAUGGACACGGACCUCCCCAGACCGCAGCUUGCCAUCUACAAGGAUUGCGUGGCCGCACCAGUGGGAUACUUUUACCGCCACUACAAGCAAAGAAGAGGCCCGUCGGAGACGCCAGCAGGGAGGGGAACCGAUGAGUACAAGAUGAACAGCGUCACCAUUGAAGGUAGACCGCUUUAUAACUUACCUGAUGCUAACUUAUCGGAAGUUGGGACAAUGAAUGGCGCGCGUAUAUGUUUUUGUUCCCUUCAAAAUGCCCUGUAGCCAAACUUCUUUUUCCUAUUUUUUUCUUCUGAAAUUAGAUCACUACAAUUUCCACUGGCCACCUUCAGGUCAGGUUGGUCCGAUUGUAAACAUUGUAGACACUGGCUAUGUUUUAGACAAUGGUCAUGUUGACAACAGGUCAUAUUGAAGUCAAGGGUCACGUUAAAACAGGUCAUGUUUUAGACAGUGGUCACGUUGACAAAGGUCAUGUUUUAGACAAUGGUCACGUUGAAACUGUAAUUUUUAAAAUGUAUGAAUUUUUUUUUUAAAAUCUCUGCAACAAGCCACAUUAACUCUGUAUUGGCUGGUGGCAGGUUUGGCUUGAACUCUGUCAAAAAUAUUUUCAUCUUCAGACCCGUUUCAAUCAGUGCUGGCCGUCAACAAAGACGAACGCAGGCCGAAAGUCCUCUGGGAUGCUGACGUCAUCGUGGGCAGUCCGACAUCGAACCAGGUGUACGUCUACAACCAGCCGGACGCCAUCCCGAUCGCCUGCGUCCGUACUAACUUCGGCAACCCCCUGACCAAACGUGUCCAACAGGUUGCCUCCGGCCAGUACUGCAGCCGAGAGGCCAACUCGAGGAUUCAGAUCCCGUUGCCGCACGAAUACCUGACGCCUUUCAUGCCCAGGAAAGAGAGGCCCGACUCGCCCCAGCUGCUGGCGAUGCAGCCCAACCAAGAGAGCCCUUCGGACUUACCCGGGGUCACCUACGCCGCUACCCUGCAUGACAUGUGACAUGGGAACCUGCCACGUCUGUUUGUCCUGCACGUACACCUCAUUACUCGGGUCAAUACCUCUAAUCCUGCCG